GCGCUGUCCGCGGUGCUGGCCCGGGCGCAGGCGCGUCGUGGGGGGGCCGUGGCGGCGCCCUGGCUCGGGUGCCGGGCGGCGCCUGAGCGCAGCCAUGUCUGUGGGCGCGGGGCGGCGCGGCGGGUUGGGGCGGCGGCGCCCUCUGUGAGGCGGCGGACGAGCGGCGGCGGCGGGCGCUCAUGUCGGCGGGCGCGGAUUAGCGCGGCGGACAGCGAGCGGAGCGGGGCGGGCGGCCUUCCCGCGGGUCUCCGGCGGGGGGGACAUGGCUGACCGGAGCGCGCCGAGCUGCCACCUGCGGCUGGAGUGGGUCUACGGCUACCGGGGUCACCAGUGCCGCAACAACCUCUACUACACCGCAGCCAAGGAGAUCGUCUAUUUCGUAGCGGGGGUCGGCGUGGUCUACAGCCCCCGCGAGCACCGGCAGAAAUUCUACCUGGGGCACCAGGACGACAUCAUCAGCCUUGCUUUGCAUCCUGAUCGUGUGUUGGUGGCAACAGGUCAAGUUGGAAAAGAACCAUACAUCUGCGUGUGGGACUCAUACACUGUGCAAACUGUAUCUGUUCUGAAAGAUGUUCACACACAUGGUAUAGCUUGCGUGGCUUUUGAUUUAGAUGGUCAGCGUUUGGUCUCAGUUGGUUUGGAUUCGAAAAACACAGUUUGUGUAUGGGACUGGAGGAAAGGAAAAUUGUUAUCGAUGGCUCCUGGUCAUACGGACAGAAUAUUUGAUAUUUCUUGGGAUUUGUACCAGCCGAACAAGCUCGUCAGCUGUGGCGUAAAACACAUUAAGUUCUGGAGCUUGUGUGGCAAUUCAUUGACACCAAAACGUGGUGUUUUUGGCAAAACUGGUGAUCUCCAAACUAUAUUGUGCCUAGCCUGUGCAAGGGAUGAGGUGACAUAUUCUGGUGCACUGAAUGGAGAUAUAUAUGUAUGGAAAGGAAUCAACCUUGUACGGACGAUACAGGGAGCACAUGCUGCAGGGAUUUUCAGCAUGAAUGCCUGUGAAGAGGGCUUUGCCACUGGUGGCAGGGACGGCUGUGUUCGCUUGUGGGACUUAAAUUUUAAACCGAUUACUGUGAUUGAUCUCAGGGAAACAGACCAGGGAUAUAAAGGUCUGUCUGUGAGAAGCGUUUGCUGGAGAGGAGACCACAUACUCGUUGGGACACAAGAUAGUGAAAUUUUUGAAAUUGUGGUGCAUGAACGUAAUAAGCCUUUCCUGAUAAUGCAGGGGCACUGUGAAGGAGAGCUGUGGGCUUUGGCUGUACAUCCUACAAAACCACUAGCAAUGACUGGAAGUGAUGAUCGAUCAGUCAGAAUUUGGAGUUUAAUAGACCAUGCUCUGAUUGCCCGGUGCAAUAUGGAGGAGCCCAUUCGCUGUGCUGCAGUUAGCACUGAUGGAAUCCAUCUCGCUCUUGGAAUGAAGGAUGGCUCUUUCACUGUGCUUCGGGUCAGAGAUAUGACUGAGGUUGUUCAUAUCAAAGACAGGAAAGAAGCUAUUCAUGAACUGAAAUAUUCACCAGAUGGGAAUUUCUUAGCUGUUGGUUCCAAUGACAGCUCUGUGGAUAUAUAUGGUGUUGUUCAGCGAUACAAGAAAGUUGGGGAAUGUAUUGGAUCUCUAAGUUUCAUCACCCAUAUGGAUUGGUCUUCAGACAGUAAAUACUUACAGACCAAUGAUGGCAAUGGGAAGAGACUUUUUUACAGGAUGCCAAGUGGAAAAGAAGUAACAAACAAGGAGGAAUUAAAAGGCAUUCAGUGGGCAUCAUGGACCUGUGUUUCUGGUGUGGAAGUUAAUGGAAUCUGGCCUAAAUAUUCAGAUAUAAAUGACAUAAAUUCUGUGGAUGCAAAUUUUAUUGGGCAAGUUAUGGUUACAGCUGAUGAUUAUGGAAUAGUAAAGCUCUUUCGAUAUCCAUGUCUAAGAAAAGGAGCAAAGUUUAAAAAGUAUCUUGGUCAUUCCGCUCAUGUGACAAACGUCCGAUGGUCGCAUGAUCACCAGUGGGUCGUUUCUAUUGGGGGAGCUGAUCAUUCUGUCUUUCAGUGGAAAUUUGUCCCUGACAGGAAAUUGAAAGAUUCUCUUCAUAUAGCACCCCAAGAGAGUCUGGUUGAUUCUAAUAGUGAUGAAUCAGAUUCAGAUCAGUCUGAUGUUCCAGAGCUGGACUCUGAAAUUGAACAAGAGACACAGAUCACCUAUCGUCGACAGGUUUACAAAGAAGAUCUACCUCAGCUUAAAGAGCAAUGCAAAGAAAAAAGAAAAAGCGCAGCUUCUAAGAGAAGAGAGCGAGCUCCAGGGAACAGUAUAAGAUUACAUUUUGUGCAUGGUUACAGAGGUUACGACUGUCGAAGCAAUUUAUUUUACACUCAGACCGGUGAAAUUGUAUACCAUGUUGCAGCAGUGGGAGUGGUGUACAAUCGACAGCAGAACACGCAGCGCUUUUAUCUGGGUCAUGAUGAUGACAUUCUUUGCCUUGCUAUUCACCCCUUAAAGGACUAUGUGGCAACAGGCCAGGUUGGUCGAGAUUCCUCAAUACACAUUUGGGAUACAGAAACAAUAAAACCACUCUCAGUAUUAAAGGGCUAUCAUCAGUACGGUGUUUGUGCUGUUGAUUUUUCAGCGGAUGGGAAACGAUUGGCUUCUGUUGGAAUAGAUGACAAUCACACUAUUGUAUUCUGGGAUUGGAAGAAAGGGGAAAAGCUUUCAGCAGUUAGGGGAAGCAAGGAUAAGAUUUUUGUUGUUAAGGUUAAUCCUUUUAUGCCUGAUAAAUUGAUUACUGUUGGAAUCAAGCACUUGAAAUUCUGGCGUAGAGCAGGUGGAGGACUAAUUGGGAGAAAGGGCUGCAUAGGUGCAUUGGGAAGAACUGACACAAUGAUGUGUGCGGUAUAUGGCUGGACUGAAGAGAUGGCGUUCUCUGGAACUUCCACGGGGGAUGUGUGUAUUUGGAGAGAUGUGUUUCUCAUAAAAACUGUCAAAGCACAUGAUGGUCCUGUGUUCAGCAUGCACGCAUUGGAAAAAGGAUUUGUCACUGGAGGAAAGGAUGGGGUAGUAGCUCUCUGGGACGAUACCUUUGAACGUUGUCUCAAAACCUAUGCCAUCAAAAGGGCUGCUUUGGCCCCUGGGUCUAAAGGUCUCCUCUUAGAAGAUAAUCCUUCUAUACGUGCCAUAUCUUUAGGACAUGGUCAUAUUUUAGUGGGCACAAAGAAUGGUGAAAUAUUGGAGGUGGAUAAAAGUGGACCAAUAACUCUGCUGGUUCAGGGUCACAUGGAGGGGGAAGUUUGGGGUCUAGCUACUCAUCCUCAUUUACCUAUUUGUGCCACUGUAAGUGAUGACAAAACCUUAAGAAUAUGGGAUUUGUCUCCUAGCCAUUGUAUGUUAGCUGUUCGCAAAUUGAAGAAGGGAGGCAGAUGUUGCUGCUUUUCUCCUGAUGGGAAAGCAUUAGCUGUUGGUCUCAAUGAUGGAAGUUUUUUGAUAGUUAAUGCAGAUACCCUGGAAGAUCUAGUCGCUUUCCAGCACAGGAAAGAUGUUAUUUCAGAAAUCAGAUUUUCUCCUGGGGCUGGAAAGUACUUAGCUGUGGCAUCCUGUGACAACUUUGUAGAUAUUUACAAUGUAAUGAGCAGUAAACGAGUAGGAAUCUGUAAGGGAGCCUCCAGCUAUAUCACCCACAUGGACUGGGACAUAAGAGGGAAGCUUUUGCAAGUUAACACUGGUGCUAAAGAGCAGUUGUUUUUUGAAGCUCCUCGUGGGAAAAAACAGACAAUUCCCAGUUUGGAGGUAGAAAAGAUUGGCUGGGCAUCAUGGACAAGUGUUUUGGGGUCUUGCUGUGAAGGAAUCUGGCCAAUAAUUGGUGAAGUCACAGAUGUAACUGCUUCCUGCCUCACUAGUGAUAAUAAAGUAUUAGCCACAGGAGAUGAUUUUGGAUUUGUGAAACUGUUUCGAUACCCUGCUAGAGGAAAGUUUGGAAAAUUUAAGAGAUAUGUUGCUCACAGUACCCAUGUAACAAAUGUUCGUUGGACCUAUGAUGACAGUUUGUUGGUCACUGUUGGAGGAGCAGACACUUCUUUGAUGCUGUGGACCUAUGAGAUGGAAGGACAUCGGGAUAGCAGGCAGUGUGACAGUGAAGAGUCUGAUCUAGAUUCUGAAGAAGAUGGAGGAUAUGACAGUGAUGUGACAAGGGAAAAUGAAAUUAAUUACACCAUCAAAGCCUUAUCAACAAACAUUAGACCAAUGUUUGGAAUUAAGCCUCAUCUGCAACAAAAGGAGCCAACCCUUGAUGAAAGGCAGGGGGUAGUGAGAGGUUCCAGACCACCAGUUAGUAGGGCAUUGCCACAGCCGGAGAAACUUCAAACAAACAAUGUUGGGAAAAAAAAGAGACCUAUAGAGGACCUGAUUUUGGAGCUUGUUUUUGGGUACCGAGGCAAGGACUGCAGAAACAAUGUGCACUAUUUGAAUGACGGUGCUGAUGUAAUAUACCAUACUGCGUCUGUUGGGAUCUUGUAUAAUGUGGCAACAGGAUCUCAGUCUUUUUACCAGGAACACAAUGAUGAUAUUUUGUGCCUCACUGUAAAUCAGCACCCCAAGUUUACCAACAUAGUGGCAACUGGCCAAGUAGGAGACUCAGCAGAUAUGUCAGCUACAGCUCCUUCUAUUCAUGUGUGGGAUGCAAUGAACAAACAGACGCUGUCGGUGCUGCGGUGCUACCAUUCAAAGGGCGUUUGCUCAGUCAGUUUCAGUGCCACUGGCAAACUGCUGCUCUCUGUAGGGCUGGAUCCCGAACAUACCAUUACCAUUUGGAAGUGGCAGGAAGGUGCCAAAAUUGCCAGCCGGGCUGGUCAUAACCAGCGUAUAUUUGUAGCAGAAUUCAGACCAGAUUCAGAUACCCAGUUUGUUUCUGUGGGAGUAAAACAUGUGAGGUUCUGGACGCUGGCUGGAAGAGCUCUUCUCAGUAAAAAAGGGCUGCUCAGCUCCAUAGAAGAUGCCCGCAUGCAAACGAUGCUAUCUGUAGCUUUUGGAGCGAAUAACUUGACAUUUACCGGUACCAUCAGUGGAGAUGUUUGUGUCUGGAAAGAUCAUGUGUUGAUACGAAUUGUGGCCAAAGCUCACAAUGGACCUGUUUUCACAAUGUAUACCACAUUAAGAGAUGGCUUGAUCGUUACAGGAGGCAAAGAAAGGCCCUCAAAGGAAGGAGGAGCAGUUAAGCUAUGGGAUCAAGAGUUGAAACGAUGUCGUGCCUUCAGACUAGAGACAGGACAAAUGACAGACUGUGUUCGCUCUGUUUGUAGAGGCAAGGGGAAGAUUCUUGUUGGGACAAGAAAUGCUGAAAUAAUUGAAGUUGGAGAGAAAAAUGCUGCAUGUAACAUUCUAAUUAAUGGUCAUAUGGAUGGACCAAUCUGGGGCCUAGCGACACAUCCUUCCAGAGACUUUUUCCUUUCUGCUGCAGAAGAUGGCACAGUAAGACUCUGGGAUAUUGCUGAAAAGAAGAUGCUAAACAAAGUCAGCUUAGGACACGCAGCUCGUACUGUUUGUUAUAGCCCAGAAGGCGACAUGGUAGCUAUUGGCAUGAAAAAUGGAGAAUUUAUUAUCUUGCUUGUGACCUCUCUAAAAAUCUGGGGGAAGAAGCGGGACAGAAGAUCAGCAAUUCAAGAUAUAAGGUUUAGCCCAGAUUCUCGUUACUUAGCAGUGGGUUCCAGUGAGAAUGCAGUGGAUUUUUAUGAUCUGACUCUCGGUCCUACGCUGAAUCGAGUCAGCUAUUGCAAAGAUAUCCCAAGUUUUGUGAUCCAGAUGGACUUUUCUGCAGACAGCUCGUAUCUGCAGGUCUCUACUGGAUCUUACAAAAGGCAAGUCUAUGAAGUGCCUUCAGGAAAACAGCUUGUGGACCAGGCUGUAAUUGAUAGAAUAACAUGGGCUACUUGGACAAGUGUUCUAGGGGAUGAAGUGAUUGGAAUCUGGUCCAGGCAUGCUGAAAAAGCUGAUGUAAACUGUGCCUGUGUCUCUCACUCGGGAAUCAAUCUUGUAACAGGCGAUGAUUUUGGCAUGGUCAAACUGUUUGAUUUUCCGUGUCCUGAAAAAUUUGCAAAACACAAACGAUUUUUAGGUCACUCUGCCCACUUAACUAAUAUUCGAUUUACCAGUGGAGAUAGGUAUGUGGUCAGUGCUGGAGGGGAUGACUGCAGCUUAUUUGUUUGGAAAUGUGUGCAUAUGCCUCAUUAAGAGAGACAUGGAGACUUGCAAAGAGAACACUGCGUAAAGUACCAGGCAUGAAUUACCCAGGACCGCAAUGUGACAUUCUACUGUGCCCUGCAUGCGUAAGAAAUGGUGCUGAUCCAAGACACAGAGCAAUCUGUGAAAGACAAGAAUCUAGGGUCUGUCAGAAGGAUGGAGUGUAACAAAUAUGCUGAGGCAUAUUAUGUAUCGGAUAAUCCGGGUUUGUAUUUCACUCACUGCCAGGCUGAAAAUGAAGUAAAUGGAUAAAAGGAAAAAGUGAAUUGUUAAUCAAUGUACAGUUUCACAGUAAGAUCCUGGGGUUUUAAUCAUGAGAUGUUAUUUCUGACCUAGUGCUGUACAUUGAUUUAUUUUCAGCAUGAAUGUUUCUCCUUUAAGUUUUGGGCUCUGAAUAUCAUUUGGGGGGAAAAAAAAGUAUUCCAUAUUUUAGUACUAAAAGAAACCAUAUAUUAACUCUUAAAUAUAUAGUAUUUUAAUAAAUGUUUAAUUGUUAUAAUGGAAAUUAUAUUUCUAUGACUAGUCAAAAGGAAACUUCAUCUGGUGAAUAAGGAAAUAAGAGAGCUGAUUCCUUAGGAUUUAAAUGUUUCUGUAUUUAGAGGCCUGGGACACAGUCAUGUCUGGUGAAAGCCGUUAGAUAUGCAUGAUCUUCAUGGCUAAUUUAGUGUUUUUGUUGCACUUAAACAUUAAAUUAGUUCUGUGAGUAAAAAUAGAUUUGCUCACUUUGCGAGUGCCUUCCCACAACCUAAAAGUCUAUCUCCAAUUUUGCCUUGUGAGUAAAAGUAUUCUCUGUAGGAGAGAUUGUUGAUGUGUUACUUGACUGGGCUGUUAGCCUCUUUCUGGGAAUGUGAGGAUUUUAUAGUCUUCGUAAUCGAGAAAGAAAACACCCACCAGUUGCAAAAAGAAUUUCAUAGCAAUAUGAAUUGAUUUUAUUUUCUCACCAUCAUACGGGGGAUUCAGAGAGAAUAUGAACUUGACGAACAUUAUAUUUUGUACAUUUGAACUUUUUAGAAGAGUUAGGACUAGCUGGGGGAGGUCUCUACUCCGAUUUCUCUCCCAGUUGUAAAAAAUGUCCAAUCAUAUGCUUCUUUAAAUGGACCUGCUGUCACCACUAGUGUAAGUGCAUUUAUUCUAUCCUGUAACAUAACUAGGACUCUGAGUUGAAAAAUGUAUUUCAGUGCUAAUGAAAACCUGAAUGAAGCUGUGUUUUGGGUACAAGUGAUCAAGAUUUCAUCAGCUCAUUUUGUCUAAAUCAUGUCAUAGAGAGGCAUUACAGACUGAACCUGUUUUUUUAAUCAGUGCAGUUAAUUUUCAUGCAACAGCGAAGAGAACAGAAGUCACUGAUUAUCAGCAUUACUCUCCUAAUGACAUUCUGCUGUGAACAUAAGGGUUUUUUUCUGUUUAAGCCAGCAUUGCUUUAACAAUGCUAUUUGUUUAGGUCAGUCAGUAGGCUUUGAUAUGAUUCAUCUCUUGCACUCUUAUGCCAGAUCAAAGUGAAAAAGAAAUAAACCUCAUCUCUUCUUCUGAGCAUCUUCUCUGUGUGGUGGUUAUAGACAGAAUGAGUGGGCUCCCAUAUAGAAGAGAUGGAGGGGAAAAAGUUAAUGAGCCAGACUUUUGUGCUCUCCUAGGUCCAAAAAUGCUUUUUACAUGCUAUAAAAAUCUAGUUACCCAGUGGUCUUAGAUAAUAUAUUUUAUAUAUCAAGCUAUAGCAAACAUUUAUUUUAAGAAGUCUAUGAAUUAAAUAAUCACCAUGUUUCUUGGCAUGAUGGUUCUUAGCAAAAUCUUGUCAGUCACGCAGCUGCUAUUCUACAGCAGAAAAAAUCUGUGGAUUUGGUCAUGAGUGUACAGGGAGAUCUUGCCAGUAAUGUUUUUCACUUGAGGGGAAUUGCAUAUGAUAGCGGAGGUUAGACCUGAUCUGUCUCAUAACCUUGUUGUCUGCUUGACUGUUUUAUAUGAAAAUUAUGGCAUUUAAAUCUUACCUAUGGGGAGGUCAGUUGCAGUAUACUAGUCCAUAGCUGUGAUUCUAUCCCUUAUGAAACACAUCUAUGCAGGAUUUCUUGAUUUGAAGUAAGAUUUGUCCUGCCUCAGUCUUAAAGUUGCCUUUCUUUAGUUCAAGUUGGAUGGCUUUUAAGAGCUCCCUCAUAGUCCAUCCUACUCAGACUGCUAGAUUAAAGUCUAGAUUUUUCUGCCUUUCUGAGUUUUCCCUUCAAAAUCCUAGGCUCAGUGUCUCACAGCCUCCUGGUCUUCCGUAGGCCUUCAUCCAAUGAAAGAGGUUGGUGGGCUAUCAGGAGGUUUUUUCCUUGGAUUCCCAGUACUGGUCUUGUCCUCUCCCUCCCUCUCCCCAGCCUUGCCCCCUUGAUUGCUGUGCCUCUCCACUGAUCAUUUGUCCAUUGGUGCUUUUGCCCUGAGAAAUCUCAAAUGCCACACCGGGGGUGAAGUACCGGUGAGAAGCUGACGGGUAGAUUCCAGCAAGGCUGUCCUUGGUGGUGCGAGGCUGGUAGCUGCAAAGUGAAACUUGGAGUCUUCAGAUCUCCCUGCUUCUUCACUCUCUUCCAAACCUCACCACUACUGUAAAGGGCUGGGAUGGGACCUGGAAGCUGAGGAGCUCUUUAGAAACGAAACUACCAGCCUUGUUCCUCCUGUUGUAGCCAGUAUUUUCCCUGGCAAACUGCCCGAGGGUUUACCAGGUAAAAUGGGGUCAGCCAGCUGGGAACGGGCAUAGAUGUUGAGGGGAGGAGUGAGUAAAGCCUCGGUUGCAGCUUUCUUCCUAAGGACGGUUUGGAGCAUAUUUUGUAGGGGAAGCUGUGAUUCUCUGCUGGAGAGAACAGCUGGCUGUAAGCGUGGUUAAAAAUGGCAGCUUCAUGGUGUUUUGGUCUUUUUGUCUGUGAUGGUGCUUGUUAUCGUGCCUCAUUUGCUGUUUACAUGAAAUCCUACUGUAGUAUUUUGCUAACUGUUGCCCCCCAUGCUUAAAGCAUCUGCAUAUGGGAACGGACUGCCUGUUUCAGCCAGCAGUGUGGGAGCUUGGGACUGGUUGCUCAGCAGAAAAGAGGAUGAUGUGACCCUGUAGGACAGGUCAGGGAAGAAGUUGGAGUGUGAAGUGACAGCCUUUUCUUUCAAAGCAUCAGAGAAAAGAAAUGUAGGCAGGAGGGCUCUGUCUGAAGCUGGAAAAAGUCCUUUCUGUGAUUAUACAGCACCGGGAGGCAAACGUUCUCUGUAUAAUUUGUUCACUCAUAAUGGAUAAUUCCAUUCUCUAGUUUAAUUGUCUGUCUUAACUCUCUGGCUAGGAGCAAAUGUACAUCUUUGGAAUCUUUAAAGUCAGCAAUAUUUCAUUUAAUAGAAGAAAUGAACUAGAAAACUAAUUCAAUAAAAGCAAAAAUGACUUUUCACUUCAAAAAAAACCACAGAAACAAACAAAAACCCACCCCUGAAUGCUAUUUAAGUGUAUUUAGAAAAAAGAGAAUCAGAGAAGGAAGUUCCAGCUCCUAGGAGCAAACAAAAAUAAAUAUAUUUAGAAUGAAAAUUGGCAUAGUGUGGGAAGUGGGGAACACAGUUCUGAUAUGACAAAGAGAAAAAAUUAGCCUAGUGUAUUGAAUCAUUUAGACUUGAAAUCUUAAAUUUUUUAUCCUUUAUGAGUCAGCCAUUAUAUAUGACUUCCUGAUUUUGAUAGGGAAACCGAGAGAUGAUGUAAGACUAAAGAUAACACAUUUCAGAAGAUGAAAGCUACUUUAUCACUUCUUCAUGGCUGAAGGAAAGCACAAACCCAGAGUAACAUCUGACCUUGCUAUAUAUCAGGGUUUCAAUAUUAGCAAGAUUCACUACCGAAUGACUCUGAACUUCAUAACAAGUUGGGAUAAUGUUGACCUGGAACUGUGCCAUCAGAAAGCAGAGGCAUUGCAGACAAGUUAUCUCCUGGAUUGGAAAACUAGAUCAAAGUAAAGCACUUCAAUACCAAGAACAAGACUUUUGUUAGCAUUCAGAGGUGGCUUAGUUUAAAACCAUGAUCUCCUUCUCUCAGCUGUUGCCUAAACUCCCCUGUCUGACUUGCAAGUUUGCCGAGGCAAACAGUGCCCUUCCUUCAACAAGCCCUGAGCAUCUUGCCUGCGCAGCACCUCAGCUGCUUUCCAACAGUGCUCAAGUUUCCACGUUCUAGGGAUUUCACUCCUGACCCGUACAUUGGAGUCCGUUAUUGGACUCACUGUGCAUGGUGUGUAGUAGUGUGACAAGUGGAGGAUCUUGGUUUCAAGGCAGUUCUUACACGGGCAAGGUGACCUUCUCUGUUUCAUUAUCAGCGUCACAGAUGUGACAAGCCUUAAUCUUUAAAGAUUUUUUUUCUUUUAAUUCUGUUAGUGUAAGCUGUAGGCAAACGUUGUCUUGUCAUUAUUUUUGACAAAGUGAAUCAUCCUGUAUACUUCAGAAAGGAAAGUAAAAUUGCAAGUCACAAAAUAAAUUGCCACAUCAGUGAUUUUAACAUCAUUGGCUGCAUUGCAUUUGCAUACUCUCUUGUUCUUAUGGUUUUCUGCUGCUUCCUUGCAAUCUACUCUGUUUUCCUGAAGUUGAUAGCACCAUGCCAUUUUUUGCUCAUAUGAACAGAUAUGUGAGCUUGCCAAAGCCUACUGCACAUCCUUUAUCCCAGACACCAUGGUGUGGUUAGACCAAACCUGUUUCUUUGCCUGUCUCCAGCUCUUCAAUUUACUUUGGCCUCAGGCUUAAACUCCGCAUAUCGCAUUUCAGAAAAAAAAGAAUAGUUUGGGGUGUCUAGUAUGCGUAAAAGCCAUAGUAUGUUUACUUGCCAAAUUCAUUCAUAAGUAACUAAAAAUUGGAGUGUUUGGGGGCCAUGGUGAUGUCACAUCUACUUGACGCUAGAACAAGUAACCACUCACCAUCCCUUUCUCAGAGUACCAACAGUGUGGCAGUCAUAACCUUGAUCUGUUUUUCUGAUUACCUGUUAAACCAGCAGCCCAAUGAAUUCACUUUUUCUUUAGGGAAAAAAAAGAAGAAAGGGGGGAAAAAAAGGCGUAGAACACGUGUUCUCUUUUCUCUCCAAAGUAAAACAAAACAACCAAAAAACAUGAAAGGUCUGAGCAUGGUGACAAAAGGCAAUUCUCAUAUUUCCAAUUCUUUUUAAAAUUAUGGAGCUAUAGGAUGGAGAAAACACAGUAACAGGAAAACAGUCAAUAUAAACCUGGAGAAAAGGAGAAGGAAAGGAAAACAAAGGCAAAGAGAGGAAGGGACAGUCAUGAAUAGGCAAAGGCAGGAGCAAAGAACCAACAUGGGGAACGGGUGGGUGGUGUCACCCUCUGGCAAACAUCUUGCCUCCAGUGGGAAGUGCUCAAUGGCUGGUUAUGGAGCCUAAGGACUGGAGAGCAGUAGGGAGCUCGAGGAAAGGCUGCAGAUGGCUUUGUUCACCAUGGUUUUGGGAAGGUGCAGCCGUUCCCAUUCAUUGCUCUUUUCACUCCCAUAGCUACAGGGCAGGUCUUUAGCACUGAUGUGCAGCAGCUAACACAGGUUAACCACUGCUGCAGCAUGUGCAUGUUGGUAACAAAGAAAGCACUGUAAACAUAAAAACACUAUGUAGGACUGAGAGCUCAGGUAACAAGAGUUUAAGGAUGUAUUCUAAAGUGCUACUCAUCUUUCCCACGUACGCCAAAUACGGAUGGUUUUAAUAGGCCUCUUAUGAUUUAUCCAUAUUUUAGUUUCCUGCGCAACUGGGCUUAAAUGUGUUCUUUAACCAAAAAUACUAUACUUCAGAAAACUGUUUAUAACCAAACUGUAUCAAUUACUGCCUCUUUCAUUUCUUUCUUAUUGAAACAUUCACCAGUUCCUGGUCCUGUUCCCAGAUGUGCACAGCGUUUAAGAUGACAGACAUAAAGCUAUGGCCUCUAUCUGUUGUGUUUAACUGGAGGUGUGAUGGAGACAGGGAGCUGCUGAGGGCAAUUUCAGUCAUCAUGAGCUGGAAUUUUGCUUCAGGGAUUCCUUGUCUCAGGCUUCCCCGUGUAGGUAUAGUAAGUUAGGGAAGGUGAAUGUAAUGUAGGCCUAUUAAUAUACAAGAGUAGAAAUAAAUUAGUAAAGUUCUUGAUUUUAUCCCAUAAUAAACCAUUACAAAAUAAGGAAAUAAUUGGCCUAAGGUGAACUUUAGUAUAAAAAAAAAAAUCCAAACUCCUUACAGGUUCCACUUAAGAACUGAACUUGAUUUGUACUUGUAGCACCUCUUUGUAAGAAACAUAUCUAUACACAAACAGCUGGACUGCUGCUUCUGCCCCUGCUAUAGGACAGUUGAGUUUGGGACUUGACAGGCAGCAUGGUCCUGUCACUUGGUGCAUUUGGAUUUCUUCUUCAAAAGUCCAAAUAUGAGUGUCCAGAUUUUUUGUUGCUUGUGGGGUAACUUCAAGACCCUACAAAGUGCUUUUCUCCUACUAUAACGUAUCUGGCUUAGUUGGGGCACAGAUGUCCUAUGAGACCUUAUUUAAAAAACCAAAAAAUCCACAAAUGACAAACUCCGAAUGGUUUUUCUUUUUAAAAGAUAUCCCCAAAAUGAUUGCCAUGUUUCUUUUGGUGGUGUAGCGAUGUGUCUGAUUCACACUGUUCUGUAUUCUUAAAAGCAAGCUUGUUGUACUCACUGAACUAUUAAGUUCAGUGAGUUAAUACGUGGGCCCAGCGUUAAUACGUGUUUUAAACUAUAGAGGAUUAAUGUCAUUUGUGCUUUACUAGUUUUUUUGAAGAUUAAUUCCUCUUUCACAGGGGACAAAUGCUGCUCCCCCUGCCACCUUCAUCCUGGCUCGGCAGGGAUGAGGCAGGAGAGCAGCACUUAGGAAAAAAGUGUAGAUUAUAGAAACAAGGAUUCCACUGGGGUUUUGGAAGAUGGAAGCAGCGGGGGCUGUUUAAUUUGUCCUCUGUAGGAUUAGAAGCCUUUCUUUGGUGGUGGGGGAAGUUUUUUAAUGUCACAUCCUCCAAUUAUUCAUUCAUCAGCUUUUGCCAUUAUUCUGCUCCUUUUUUUUUUCUUUUCCCACAGGACCCCAACUCCCCUCUCCCAGCCCCCAAAUAAGUAUUUUGUCAGAGGUGGUGGCUGUGAGAGGUCAGCCAGCGUUAACUACGGCUUUACUGUUGCUAUGGCGAAUCCCAGUGCAAAGCCAAUACAAAGCAUUGCCUUGAGGAAAAUGAAUUUUCUAGUAACUUAGUAACUUGUAACUGAGGAGGAGGGGAGGAUGUUUCCAUGCCAAGCAGGUAAAAGAUGGGGUAUUGAUUCUGCCCAAGAAGCAAAGCAGUUAAAUACCUUUUUCCAGCACAUUACUUGAAAUCUGAAUCAGUAAUGUACAGCUAUGGAUCUGUAAAUUUUCCGUAACUCCAUGAUGUUUUCCAACACCAAUCAUGCCCAGGACAUGCUCUAUACUGUAUUCUUUGGGAAUUUAAUAAAUAUACUUUCUGAAGAAACUCCAAGCAUGACUGCAGGCACAAAUUGCAUGAAAAAAAAUGGUUUUCUGUACUUCUGUGAAACAUUGGUGCUGUUGGGUAGUACUUUCCACGUUUUUGGUCUAUUUUUCCUUUACCUGC